AUGUCUUUGAGUACCCAAAGUGGUCCGUUCAGAGAAGAAAGUCCUCCUCAAAAUAACAACUACCCUGCAUCAGACGGGGAACCUUGUAGGUCGAUUACUGAUAAUUUGAGUAACUCUAACGACCAUGAUAGCCUGUUAAUGGUUGAUCGCGGAAGAAAGAUACCAUUAUGUGAGGUCGCUCAGAAAUUCGCAACAGUGGCAAAAGAUUUCCAUAAUGCUUUUGAAACCAGAAAAUUCGCUCCUUCAAGAUUGACAGAAUUUCCUCUAUCGAAUACUGCACGCGUUUUGGAAAGACUAGACAAUUUGUUGCAACAAGGAAGAGAGCAAAGCAAAGAAAUAUCUUCUAUCAACGACAGACUUGAUAUGAAGGAAAAAGAAAUCUCGUCUCUCAAAGAAGAAGUCAUCUCUCCAAGAAGAAGUCUCAACUCUCAUAGAAGAAAAUUCAGCUCUCAAGGAAGAAGUCUCAACUCUAACCGAAAGAGUAGACAAAUUUGA